AGUAGAGAAAACCCUAAUUGUGCCACUGAGAUUAUCACCUCCAGAACCCUAGGUAGCUUCAGAGCGGAACGAGCUUCAAGCCUUCAGCCAUGACUUUCAAGCGCAGAAACGGAGGAAGAAACAAGCAUGGCCGUGGCCACGUCAAAUUCAUUCGCUGCUCCAAUUGCGGCAAGUGCUGCCCCAAGGACAAAUCAAUCAAGAGGUUUCUUGUGAGGAACAUUGUUGAGCAGGCUGCAGUUCGUGAUGUUCAGGAAGCCUGUGUCUAUGAGCAAUACACUCUUCCGAAGCUGUAUGUGAAGAUGCAAUAUUGUGUUUCGUGUGCUAUUCACUCUCACGUUGUGAGGGUGCGAUCUCGCACUGAUAGGAGGAACCGUGAGCCUCCGCAGCGCUUUGCUAGGCGCAGGGAUGAUGCACCAAGGCCCGGUCAACCUGGUCAAGCUCCUCGUCCUAUUGGAGUUGGAGCUGGAGCUGGAGCUGCUCGUGCUUAGACAUAACUCCAUUCUAUAAUUUUGUUGGUUCAAUUUUUUUAAGAACUUCAUGACAUAACUCCAUUCUAUAAUUUUGUUGGUUCAAUUUUGUUAAGAACUUCAUUUUCUUUUGCUGUUUAUUAUUUAAAUAUCAGUUAUGUUGGGAUAAUGAUGUUUUUUUUCUUACUCUGGUUGCCUGGAAUAAUGAAUGAUAACAAUUUAGUGGUUUUGAUGAGAA